UUGCAGCAAAGGACAGCCAUAGAGCACGCUGUGCACAUUAAAUGUGCUCACUCUACGAAAAAUGUGUUUGACAGUUUGCUGUUCUGACUCUUGGUCAGCUACUUAACGAGGAAACUUCCAGAGAUUAACGCCUGAGACGUGCCACAUGAAUGUCACGUCUACGGAUUUUACACUAAUCAGAAUAAAAUACUACCAUAAAUAACUCACUGUCAUCUAAUAUAGGCAUCUAACCAAGCUGGGUUUACAUGGUAAACUUAAUGGAUUGAUUACAAAUCUACAGGUUUCCAGUUAAUGCAGGUAAUUGCCAUUAACUGUCUAUCUUAGGAGAUGUCUGGAGAUGUAUAACUGAUCAUUCUCAACCAGCAGGUGGGAGAGAAAUGGUGUUGGAGGCUCGGGUUGAUAUGUUGUCACCACGGCAAUUUUAGCCAGCCUUUUGUCCACAGACUCCUAAGUCAGUUAAUGUAAUGCAGCUGAAACAGACCAUAUUGACUGUCUAUAUAUACUCUGCACACCCUUCCCAGAACAUGCUAGCCUGUAGUGCCUUUGGCCAUUGACUGUACCAUGAUUUUCUAGGAACCACUGCUGGGCAUCUUUUCUGCCCAUUGUUUUACUCAGUUAGUACUAUUAUUUGGAUUGAUUCACGCUAUUACUCCAUUAUUAUAAUGGAGAAAUUCAGGUUCAGUAAUAAAGUAUACAAUAGCUGAGCCUCGUCCUCAACCAAAUUAGGGUGACCACCUUUCCUAAGGAUAUGUGGGGGCUGCUGAAUGGAUUUAGAGAUGACUAUGGAUUGUAAGGAGUUCCGGAGCAUGUCUAUAUUAUCAGCACUAUCUCACUUUGCUGGGUUUGCCUGGCUUAGAUUUUUUGUAAGUUAGUUUGCCUCAUUUCAACAUCUAGUGGUCACAUCCACAUUUUAUGCUUGCGGGUUUAUGGGAUAAUAUUUUUGCUGUCCAACUACCCAUGACGAAGGGGUUAGCUGCCAGCAAUGUAGUGCAUAGUGUCAUUGUGAAAUGUGCUCUUUUAGUUUGAACUUUUCUGGUCCAGAUAGCUAGCUCUAUUAACUGAAUCCUGUCUUCUUAUCAAAUUAUUUUUUUCCCAGACUGCAUUGGGCUCACAUCUUGUGAUACAUAUUGCAACCACAAGGUUGUUUUGCUGUUGUUAAUGCAUCAGCACAACUGUUUUGGAGCCGUCACUGAAAAGGUCAAUCAAUGUAAUUACUGAAUGGUCACAAGUCAUGCAGUUCCAAUAUGAAGAAUGACUUCCUGUGCAGAAAGCCUGUGAAAUUUUGAAAUUUCUUAUGAAACUCCUAACUGCUACUAUUGCAUUGAGCGACUAGUAACCAACCAAAUUUCCUGCCUGUUUCAAAAUCUGAUGUAGGAUAGCAAAUGCAGUCUGUAGAAUCUUUAGCAUAUGUAUGUAACUAUACAUUCUCUCAAUGCUUCUGCAAAUAGUUCUUGUUGCUAGGAGACUUGCCAGAGGUUGCAUUUAUUACGCUUUCAGAGAAUGUGGUAAUAUCAAGUUAGCGGUGGUAGUGGGGGGGUGGGGCAUUAAAUUUGUGAGUAUACACUUGUAAAGAGGGAACAGUAGCUAACUGUCAGCAGAUAUACUUUAUUAAUAUCUUCAUUAUGAGCUCAGUGAAGCUAAAUGAUUAGCUUCUGCUAUUUCAAAAGGUCCUCUCUUGUGCUGCCGGACAUUAGCUUGAGAACCCAGGGCAGGGGACACUCAGGGAUGUCAGUCCACUGUCAGGUGCUUACAUUCUAUGGGCUGUUAGCACAGUCAGCCUAAAUGCAUGUCUUUGGACUGCGGGAGAAAAGCAGAGUAGCAGGUGCAAACAUACAGUACGUGGAGCACAUGCAGUCGCCACAUAAAGAGCAGAGGCAGAAAUCGAAUCCCCAGCACUGGGGCUGUCAGGCUACAGGGCCAGCUAUACAUUAUCAACAUUGGAACAUGUGUGCUGUGUGGAAGAGUUCUGUAACAUAAAUCUUAAGUAUCCUAAAUGUUUCAGGGAAUUUUACAUUAUAUGACACAACAAGCACUGUGGUCGCCAUAGAAUUCCCAAACUGGCCUUGACUUUUACACACUAUUUUCCCCUUUUGUUGUGUUUUAUUUAUAACAGUGAUAAUCUGCAAGAUUAUUUGACAAAACUUCUGGCUAAAAAACAUCCUCUGUUCCUCCUCCUCACCCUAAACAAUAUUAAUAUUAGGAAAUAUAUAUGCUGUUUGUUUUAAUGACAACAAAUAUACACCUUUGUUCAUAGCUAUUGUUCUGAUUGGUCUAAUUGCUUAUUUUAUAUAAUGAUCAAUUUAAUUCUUCUCCAAUAUGUAAAUGAAAAAUUAUUCUACAGUUUGCAUCAGUUAUUUUUCAAACCACAUUUAAAGAUUACUUUAAAAAUUAUUUAAAAUACGAAAUGUUCAAUUUAUUUGAUAUAGAUGAUAACAGGUGCAUGCUACAUUGUAUUAAUCAGACAAACUGAUAAUUAAAUGAUGAUAACAGAGAGGAGCAUACUACAACCCCUGACUGGAUUAUGUAUUUUACCAUUAGUAAAUAUAUGCUGAAAUUUAAAAUAUAAGUUAGAGAUAAUAAUAUCUAACUGGUGUUCUUUAUGAACCUGAAUAUAGUGGAUCUCUGGUAAAGUGAGUUUUAGUCAUGUGUACAGUGCUUGUGUGGAGUCACCCAAAAAUCAUUUUUUUCAGUGUUGUGAAUGCUCAAAGAUAAAUUUAUGUAAUGAACAUUACAUAAUAAUCAUGAGGGUUUAAAGGAAAGUUCUGUGUCUCUUGUAGAGAUCAAAGGAUCAGUCCACAAAGGUUAUAACAGAAAUCAUUUUUCUGGAAGCUAUCUGUCUAGCUAAGAGCAGUUUAAACUAGUCCACGCUAUUCUUCAGCACAGCUUUCACUUUAAAUUCAAGUCAUUGGGCUGCAGCCGCCCUAAGAAAAGGAUUUUGCACGGCACACUGCACCCAAUACAUCAUUUCAAAGUGACCGAAAUGCGCACUUUCUUAUUUCUUAUUUAUUUCUUCUCCCAAAGUAAUCUUUCCGAAGUUAAUAAGUGAUGGCAUUUCCUAAACUGCAGGAACACUCAUAUUUAGGUCAAAAUCGGCUGGUGGUGGGACAGGGUCGCUGCUGCUGGCUGAAGCCUCCACAUUGACACAAAAGGCGCACAGAGAAAGCUCUCAUUUCCUUUUAAAAAGGAGGUGGUGCUUAGAAGUACAUAAAUAGAAAUCUCUGGCCCAGUCUGGUACGUGGAACUUUGAAACAAGUUUGCCUUUAAAACAAAUAAGAACGUAAACCACUUCUCUCUUCUUACUUUCUUCGGUUUUCUGCAGUACUUGCAAACCUUUUAAAAUGACUGUUGUAAGUCUGAGGAACAGGUACUAUGGGACCUUUAACGUGGCCAAUAUGACCUUCGGACUUCCUGAAUCCUCUGUGCUGCAGCCCAUAUGGGACUACCUCCACAAUAACUAUGAGGGUACGCUGAGGUCACCUCUCUUCCCAGUUCUCCUGUCUGUGUCCACUUACCUCCUCCUGGUGGCGCUAUUCACGGUCUUGGAUGUCCUGGCACCACACUGGCCCAGCAUCAAUAGAUAUAAGAUCCACCCGGAAAAGCCUGUCACCUGGACGCAUAUUUGGAGGACUCUGGGCCUCACCACCUAUAACCACCUCAUCUACAUCUUCCCAGCAGCGGUGGGGCAGUGGAUCUGGAGGCCCCCCAUCCCCUUACCCAAAGAAGCUCCAACUCUCACUGAGUUUCUGCUGGGGAUCCUCGGAUGCACCAUUCUAUUCGACUUCCAGUACUACCUGUGGCACCUCCUGCACCACAAGAUCGGCUGGCUAUACCGGACCUUCCACGCCAUUCAUCACCAGUACAACGAGCCCUUCAGUCUGGUCACCCAGUACCUUUCCGCCUGGGAGCUCUUCAGCGUCGGCUUCUGGACGACAGUGGACCCCCUACUGCUUCAGUGCCAUUGCCUGACUACUUGGGGCUUCAUGCUCUUCAACAUCUGGAUCUCUACUGACGACCACUGUGGUUAUGACUUCCCGUGGUCGUUGCAUAACCUAGUGCCCUUCGGACUUUGGGGGGGCUCCGUCAAGCAUGACGCCCAUCAUCAGAAGCCCAACACCAACUUUGCCCCAUUCUUCUCCCACUGGGACUGGCUAGCAGGAACGGGAUCAAAUCUCGCCCAGUCAGCCGCCAUGAGAAAAAGGGAGAGCAAAGGAGCCUGACUGUCAUUGACUCUCAUGUUUGCUAAACAUGUGUAAGAUUAGUACUAACUUUCAAAUGCAAUAUAGAGGGAAACAGAGAUCAAAGGCUGUAUUUCUACAUCAAUGAAAAAUAUGUAAUUGUAUUCUAUUUUGAGUCGAACGGGAUUCUGAAUGUAUUUUUAUUGCCUAAUGUAAUUUGCCAUUUGUAGGUUGAUGAAUAAUAUUUAUAUAUUGUUUUGACCUACUGACAUUAGGUAUAAUGCUUUUACAAAAAGAAAAAAAACAUUUCUCAAAUCAAUGGGCAAGGUAUCAGAGUAAUUAUACAGUCCAACAAGUUGUAAACAAUCAUAAAAAAUAACUGCAUGACUUACAGAAGGUUGAUAAAUUUAGCUGGUGUUUGUUUUUUCUUUUUGUCCUUUUUGUUGUUUAUAAUUUAUCACUAAUACCACUUUUUUGGUAUUUGGAUAUUUUAUAUUUGUUUCCCCGUGGUUGUUUAUCAAAAAAUAGAGGUGGAGGGAUAUGAAUACGUCAAAAGUA